CGCCAUCACCCGUUUGUGUCACGAUAACUACGAUCGUAUCCACCAUAACGGUUGUCGUUUGAUGGAGUUCGAUAGAAAAGUUAAUCCACUGGGGGACAUAAAACGGAUCAAGUAACUACAAGUAUCAUAAAGAUUGAAAAUAUGGGCCAUCUUGGGCCUGACCCUAAACAGAACAAGUGCUGUUGUACGGGGGUAAGUUUUAGCAAUUGACCCGACCCUUAUAGCUCCUGAUUUUUCAGCAUCAAAACCUCGGAGUGUCUUCUGAAUUGAACACCAAAUCGAGAAACAAACAGAGAGGCGAAUCCAAGUGUCGAUAUGAGUACAGGUGGAGCGUUUGGAGGAAACAGAGGAUUGAGACCUAUCCCACCAGAAAAGGGCAUUUUCCCUUUGGAUCACUUACACGAAUGUGAUGCGGAGAAGAAAGAAUAUCUAGGCUGUCUCAAGUUUUCAUCUAACAAAUCUGAGCAAUGCAGACAUCUCUCUAAGAAAUAUCUCCAGUGUCGAAUGGCCAAGAACUUGAUGGCAAAGCAGGAUAUGUCUGAACUUGGAUUCAGUGGUGUUAAAGAACUGGAUUCCGCUGGAGAUAAGAAUAAAGAGUCUCUCGAUCAUUGAAGGUUGGACCAAACUUGGAACCUCUUUUAUUUUUGUGAUUUGACACAUUGAUUCACUUGAGUCUCAUCUUCAGGGUUAUAGGCUAGACCAUUUCUUCCUCAUAAAACCAAACUGUGUUUCAGCUUCACCGUUUCUCAUCGUUACAGAUGAUGAUGGUAUACGUAUCUGUAAUUUUUGUGUGAACUAAAAGCAUUCCCAUUCUUAUACAAACAAUUAUAC